AUCUCGCCGACGAACAGCACAACGAACUCGCCUUGACAACAACCGCCAACCUCCGCACGCAUCGAAAUCCAACAAAUUCACCCUCUACCACAAGAUGUCUUCGCCCUUCGCCAUCAACGGCGGCGCCUGCGUGGCCAUGGUUGGCAAGGACUGCGUGGCCAUUGCCUGCGAUCUCCGCCUCGGUCUCCAAGCGCUCACAGUCUCCAACAACUUCCCCAAGAUCUUCUCCUACGGCAGCAGCGUCUAUCUUGGCCUCACGGGUCUCGCAACCGAUGUCAGCAGCGUAUCCGAGCUCUUCCGCUACAAAGUCAACAUGUACCGCCUACGCGAGGAGCGCGACAUCAGCCCCAAGACAUUCUCGAACCUGGUCAGCAGCAGUCUGUAUGAGCGGCGGUUUGGACCGUGGUUCGUGAGCCCAGUGGUGGCGGGGAUCGAUGGGACAUCAGGGAAGCCAUUCAUUUGCGGGUUCGACAGCAUUGGGUGCAUCGACUUCGCCAAGGACUUCAUCGUCUCCGGUACAGCUUCAGACCAGCUCUUCGGUACCUGCGAAGGCCUCUGGGAGCCUGACCUCGGCCCGGAAGACCUCUUCGAAACCAUCUCACAGGCACUGCUCAACGCAGUCGACCGCGACGCACUUUCCGGCUGGGGUGCACAUGUGUACAUCAUCGAGAAGGACAAGGUCACCAAGCGGUUACUCAAGGGCCGACAAGAUUAGACGAGAGUGGAGGCGAUGACGGACGAAGGAUACGCCUCGGCGAAAGCGGCAUCGAAGUGGUGUAUAGUAGUGAGAGCAGUGGCACGGGCACUGCAUGGC